GUUGGCGUGCCUGAUGAAUCUGUCGCACCCGCUAAUUGGCGCGAAAAUUAAAAUUGAAAAAAAAUACUAAAAACAAAGGGUUAAAAUACAAAAAAAGGAAGUGAAGCUGCGGUUUAGAGAGGGAGAGACAGAGGCGCAGCAAAAAAUGAAGAACUCGACUUCAAGCUCAAAAUCACAGGACCUGCUUGAAGCCAUCAAAGCUUCCGAGGUUGUUGAGGAUCGGGUACGAUUGCUCCAGGAAUUGGAGGAUAUUGAUGUCAACGAAAAGUCUUCCGUUAAUUCUCUCAUUGAAGCCCUAACAAUAUAUUGGGAAGACUAUACUUGUCUGGAUAUAUCUCAGUGCACCUUGAAUAAAACUAUUUUACAAGUAGCUGCAAAAUACUUUGAGACAGACAUCUCAGGGUGCCUGAUACAAUUUCUGGCUCUAGGAUCAAAAGCAAAUGUCUGGUGUAGAAAGCAUUUACAAAUGACUCUUAUGUCUUUGGAAGACUCCCCAGAAGAAGAGCAUUCUAGUUUCUUCUAUCAGUUAAUUCUGGAUUUACUUGGCUACUCUGCUGCUAUUUAUUCAGCUUUGGCAAGAUAUCCUAUUUCUGUUAAUAGAGAGUUGGUGGGCAGCCUAGAAAACUUUAUUGCAGAACAGUUCACUCUGAUGAAAGACUUGGUAUCAGAAAUAAAGAGGAUUAAUGUUCUAGGUCCAGAGCUACUGAAGGCAGCACAGAUGACUGUAGAUGCUGCAACUCGGUUAUGCAAGGUAUACUGCAAUGGUGUGGACUGGGAUAUUUACCGUGCAAAAACUGAAAAUGAAAGUUUAAGAGACUGUAGAGUGACUGAAAAUGGUGACCAUGUUGUUCAUGUAACCAAUUGCACAAUUAAAAAGUUAUGUGAGUUGGGCACUGCAGCAGCUAGCGACGGAGGCAGUCUUGUGAGUCUACUUAACAUGUCAUGGAAAGGUGUAGUUUCUCUGCUUCAGUUUGGUAGGGGGUCUUUAGCAACAAAGGUGAAUAUAACAGAUAUUAUUAUGAACCUGAUUUCAUUGGCCAGUGAAUCAUUGAGAUGUGCUGCUGACACUUGGUCAUCUUCUACAAAGGAAGAAGUCUCUGUGGCAGAGGCCAAAAGGAGUUUCCUUCCAGUCAAGUUUUAUCUAAUAAAUGCAGUAAGAAUUGUUUCACAAUACCAAAGCCAAGCCUUCUUGGUGUACAAGGAGAUAGCAAUGUUGGUUGUUAUGAUAUUAACCUUCAGAAUUGCACUAAGCAUGGUGGAAAGGUUGAAAUCUGCAAGCGAAGUACUGGCAGAAAUUUUGGAGCCGACAUCCUUGCACUUACUCAACACUUUGUUAUACUCAGCUCUGGUAAAGCAAGAAGACAAGCUCCAAAUUUUGGACUGGCUGUUUAGUAACAGAGGCGACAUGAGUUCUGUGACUGUUGGCAUUAGCAGCUGCCAUAAUUCGUUAGAUGUGAUAUUUACCAUAAGUUCCAAUGACUUGAACAAGGAAAGGAUUUUCUUUCUGGGCCGAGUUGCCUUAUUUCUUAGUCUUGUCUUGUGUGCUCCUGAUCUCGAAGAUGACAUCAGAAUUGGCAUUGCCAGAAAGCUUGGAUGGCUUUUGGAUACACUUGUAUAUGAAGAUGUUUAUUGUUCUAUUCUUGUUUUGCGGACUCCUUUAAACAGUAGCCAAAACCAUGAAUUGGCUUACCAACCUAUGGUUUGUGCUGUACUCCAUGCACUUAAGACAUUCAUGAUUGUGGUCUCUUCAAGUCAGGCAUGGGAUGAAGUAGAGUCGUUCCUCAGUGAAAACCUUUUCCAUCCUCACCAUCUGUGUUGGGAUGUUGUCACUGAACUUUGGUGUUUUGUCCUUAGGCAUGCCGAGCGCAGUAUGGUGAACGAUGUCAUCGAUAAACUAUGUUCACUAUUGAUGCUAACAUCGCAAGAAUCAGCACUGCUUCCUCAUAGCUCUCUGCGAAAAACUGCAAGACUUAUCUGCACAAUUGUUACUUACGGACCAGAAUUCUUGGCUGAUCAAGUUUAUGGUAGGAUAUUUGACAACACCACAUCUCAACAUGUAUUGAAUGUGCAUGCAAGUCUGCACAUGGAAGGUUUUCCCCUGAAUAUGCUUUCAGAAAAGAAAAGAAGCAUUGCCAAACAGAGAAUUGUGACUGAAUAUUAUGACUUCCUGGAGAGCUUCGAAGAUGUCUCACCAAGAGAAAGUUCUGUUUAUGGUGCUCCUGUCUUUGCUCUCCGUGCUGCUUUGCAGUUUCUCCAGGUAAGCCUGUCCGAUACUGACAUGAAGACUGUGAAGUUCUUGAUUGCUAUUGUUUGUAAGUACAGAACUUCCUCCGACAAUGCAAUCAAGGAUGGGUACCGAAUGCUUCUUGGUGAACUGCUAGGGAUCAUAUCUAACCUGAAGCAUUUAUACUCAUUUGAUGAAAUGGAAGAAGUUAUUUUGGAGCUCCAGAACCUCUUUAUUUCGAGACCUUCUUUCUCAGAUGACCAACUCUUCCUAUGCAAACCUAAUCUAGUUUGCUUCAUGACUGGCCUUGGUCAUAUGAAAUUACCAGACAGUGAUGACAGUGCGAGAAGUUCGGCUGCAUGUGAACUAUAUCAAAUGGUACUCAGGGAGAGGCACUGGGCUUUUGUUCACUUAGCUAUCACUGCAUUUGGGUAUUUUGCUUCUCACACUUCCUGUGAUGAACUCUGGAGGUUUGUGCCACAAGAUGCUGCCCUGUCUUUUGAUUUGCAGAGGGGAAGUGAAACCGACCAAGAUAGAUUCAUGUCGGAGUUGAAGGCAGUUCUGGAGAAGGAUAUGGCAUGUCCAACAAUACAAGCUAGUCCCGAUCAGAUCGCAUUGCUAGUGAAAGAAGGUCAAGUGCUGAAGGAAAUUUGUAGGGACAGUGUGAAAUGUGCUCCAGUGGUGACAUUAUGUGAUAUGAUGGAUGUUGACAAUGAGAAACAGCCUAGCAAGAAAAGGAAAUUCCCUAGCGAAAUCUCAAGAGGAGUUGAACUGCUACAGAGCGGCUUGAAGAUUAUGCUAGAUGGCCUUUCCGAUUGGCAACAGAAUCAACCCGACUCAAGUGAAGCUCGUGAAAAGUUUUUGAACCAUUUCAGCUGUCUUGAAGAUGUGGUAGCACACUUAGCUAAACUUGCUGAUAGUAGCUGAGAGUCUGCAGUCUGAACACAAAAAAUUCAACGAUGUUACGGAGCCAAGAAGCACUUGUCUUUAGACAGGUAUAUUACACCUUCAUGUGUUUAUGUUAAUAAUUGAUUUGCAAGCUGAUUUAUUAUCAUUUCGUCUUGAAAGAUGAAAGAAGAAAAUCUUAUACUUA